GAUUUCAAGAUUGCACGGAUCCAUUGGUUUACGGACAAUAAUGAUUACAAAAACAGUCAAUUACUAUUAAUUACAGUCAAUCACAACGGUGAUUUUGCGACCAUUGCGAAAUCCGCCACUAGUCUUUCAACCGUACGUAGUUAAACCUCAGCUCCAUUCAUUUCACAGAUCAGGUAUUUCGAAGCUCUUACACGUAUCCAUUUUAUAAAUGGAUUUUUAGAAUGGGUUUAGUGGGUUGAACAUUGAAACUUAAACCUCUCGGUAUAAAUUCGGAAGAAACGAUGGCCGGUCUAGGUGUUAUUUUCUUAUGGACAAUUUUAUCUUCAAUGAUUUUGACGAACAUCGCACAGCCAAUUGAUGCAUCCAAUAGGCUCUCGAUGGAUCUCAUGAAAAAUUACAACAAGAAGAUUCGUGGGGUGCGUGAUAUGAAGGAAUUGACGACAUUGCAUUUUCACUUCAGUCUUAUCCGGAUUGCUGAAUACGAUGAAGUAAAUGGAAAAUUAUCUAUUGUGGGUUUUUUCGGAAUGUUUUGGCACGACUUCCGAAUGGAAUGGAACUCUUCACAAUAUAAUGGAACAGGCACCAUACUUUUCGAAGAAAAAGAGGUAUGGCGACCAUUUAUUGUUUUAGGUUCUCCGCAGGAAGAAUUCAAACGACUAGGUGACGACGACAAUUUCUUUGUGAGAUACUCUCCAGCUGGUUUUGCAGAGUGGUACCCUGGGGAUAUCUGGGUCACCGCGUGUACCCCUGAUGUUUACAUGUAUCCUUACGACACCCAGUCAUGUGAGGUAUUUUUCGUGGUAUGGGGAUAUGCAGUCAGUGAAAUCGCCGCACGGGCGCUGUCCGACAAAGUUAGCCUUCACGUGUAUACGGCGCACGGUAUGUGGGACCUGACGGACACUUCUGUGGCUGCAUACAGUGACCCAGGCAGACAGCUGACACUAAUAACCAUUGUACUGGAGAUGAAAAGAAUAUCCACCUUCCAUCUCAUUAACAUGAUUCUUCCCAUCGUGUUGGUCGGGCUGUUGAAUAUCCUAGUGUUUCUUCUGCCUGCCCAGUCAGGGGAGAGAGUUGGCUACUCCAUCACUGUGCUACUUGCUAUUGCAGUGUUCCAAACUAUAGCCUCCGACAACCUUCCGAGCGUUUCAAAGCCCCGAAUUUCUCUGCUGUGCAUCAAACUUUUGAUUGACUUGGUUUUAAGUGCCCUCGUUAUGACGUUAACAAUUGUGACGCUGUAUUUUUAUCACAUGCCAGAAACUCGAAGAAUUCCAUCUUGUGUUGUCAUUGUUACUAAAUGUGUGCUUUGCAAAAACUGUUGUAAACCCAACAAACAAGAAAACAAGUCCGAGAAGUACAGAGAAUCCGUCGUCGGGAAUGGCAUUGUUAUUAAAGAAUCUGUGUUAGAGGAUGACAACCAACAAUCAACUGUCACGUGGACAGAUGUUGGUAAAAGUAGUGACAUCGUGUUCGCUGUGUUUUCUCUCUUAACGUUUUUGGCUUCAAAUAUUGUGUUUAUUCUGGUUGUUGCUCAAAACUAAUGACACUGAUAUGUCUGUUUAUAAAAUGUAUAGGGUUUUUGUCUGCAUGCUGUUAUACGUCCAAUCGAGAAUUUUAUCACAUAGACUCUAUUUCGUCUUUUAGAUAGGCCUACACCAUUGUCUGAGUUGAUAGUGUUUUCGAGAGGCAGACACAUAUAAAAUUAAAAGUAUAAACAGAUAACAAAAGGUUCUAACAAACUAUACACUCUAUCUCAAGUUUCUUCCUCUGCCAUUUUUGCAAUAUUUCAAUAAUCAUAUUAUAUCUUGGUGUCCAAACUGCAUACAUUCAUUAGAACAGAAAAAAGUUUGACCGUUCUUCAUAGUUCAUGUCAUUCCAUAUCUAGUUUGGUGUCCCCUUUCACCAUAGUGAUACGGUAUUGCAGAUUAACAAAUCUUUGGUACUUGCUCAAGCCUCGCUCAACUUGUCUUCUCUUAAGUAACAUUCCAGUUUUUCAAAGAGCAAAAUCAAAAUUGCAAUAAUCUAAGGACAUAUUUAAUUGGCUCACGUUAAUUAAUUGAAGGUCAUACAUACUAUAUCGAAAUGUUCAUCCGUCCCAAUUUUAUAGAAUUUUGAUAGCAUUAUCAAUAAUCUGAUGAAAAGACAUGAAAUAUAGAUGGACCAGUGAAUUAGAAGUUGCUCGAGGAGGAUACUAUAAUACGAGAUUUCAUCACUUUGAAUAUAUAUAUACAUAUAUUUACAUCUACCGAGUAUGAUUCCCUCUAUAAUUUUUGUUAGGGAAACCUAUACUUAAUCCAUAGCUCUAUAGAAACUCACAAGACUGAAUUCUGUAAAUUUUACUUAUUUUUUUUUACAAUUAAUUUAUUAAUUUGUUAAAAGAAAGGUGUAAAUAUAAACAAGAAAAUGCUUUCUUUGAUGAUUCAAGCGGGUUAUGAAGAUAGCGAUGAUUGCAGAAAAAAAUUUACAUCGCCCGCUUUCGCUGGUUAUACAUGUAUUUUUUCUGCAAUGUCGCCACCAUCAUAUCCCGCAUGAAUCCCUAAAAAACCAUUUUAUUGUUUUAAACAACCACAAGGUUGGAGCUUUCGUGUUAAUGACGAUAAUAAAAUACGCUGGAUGAACAACUACGGAUCAUCAAAAACUCUUGGCCUAUUACUAUCAUGUUUGCUUGAUAAUAAUUUUAAAAAAUUUAUAGACUUUAUGAAACGGGUUGACCGAUCGUAGCUGCAAAAUUGUAGCUUAAUGGUCUGCCAUUCAAAAUUAAUCGUUCAGCGACAGAUCUGCAGCUAGAUGCAGAGAUCACAAUUCUUUGUUAUGGAAACAAGGUUCGCGUCUCGUAUUUUAUUUACAUAGGUUCAAUAUACCGGUAAAAGUUUAUCCAAGCGGAUUUUUUAUCUGCUAAUUCGUUUUUAACAUAAACAAUCAGUUCCUGGCGUUUAUCAAUAAGUCUUAACCUAGAAAUAUUUUUUCAACACAUUUAAAAUGUAAACAAUAACAUGGCUUGAGCUUUGAAUGCUUAACCAUGUAGCCUGCUUUUAUACCGAUAACUCGACGACUGACAUUAUAUAAAUAGUACCUGUUUGGGAGGGUAACUGUUGAAAUUGACACCCCGAGAAAACCAUUGUCAACCGACGCUUCGCGUCGGUUGACAAUGGUUUUCUCGGGGUGUCAAUUUCGCUUCGCGUCGGUUGACAAUGGUUUUCUCGGGGUGUCAAUUUCAACAGUUACCCUCCCAAACAAGCACUAUUUAUUUUAUUACACUGAAUGUCUUAAUUUUAUUUAAUUUAAUUCUGGUUGUAUCGCGCUUUCUGAUUGGCUACAAAAUUAUUUUAUAUCGUAUAAAGAAUGUUGCCUACGUCAUAGUAAGACUUACGUCAAAAACGUAUAAAUACGCCUGACGUUAUGUUUGAAUUUUGUACAAAUUUACUUCAUUUUAAAGGUCAAAUGACCGUUUUUAUCUACAAUGAAGAGUAAAAAAAUUAAAUUUUAAGCAAUGAAUUCAAUAUUUAUUUGUUUUAUACGAUAUAAAAUGGUUUGGGGCAGUUUAUGCUUUAUAAACCGCGAAGCGAACACUAUUUAUAUAGUGUUACCCGUUGCCAAGUGUGUUGCUAACGCUGGGGUAAAUAGAACGGAUUACCAACUGCAUUUAAACCAAUCAGAUUUCAGUAUUUAACAUGAAAGUAUAAUAAUCAAUUUUGGUUGACUAUUAGAAAUGCCCUAUUGAAGCAUUGUAAAUAUUAUAAACGGAAAAAAGUAAUCUGAUCAAAAUCCUGACCAUGUUCCUUUAAUUGAAACUGUCUUGAGUGUUAUUUGGAGAUCGCCUGGCUCAACCACGUUACAAAAGAACCAACGUUUUAAUUUCGAAUCGCAUUUGUUGAAAUGCUUUUCUAUAUUGCAUUUAUCUACAGUUCUGAUAUGUCCUGUCCAUUCCUUUAUGUAAAAAUAUUUCAAAUUUGUUCAAAUAUUUUACACUCUUUCAAGCUGGGAAAAACAGUUCCUCUUCUCAAACUUGUGUGUUUUGACAUUGAUUGUAUUUUUAACUCAUAGAAAGAUGGGAUCAAUAUCUGAAAAGAGUUUUGCACAUCCAAUGCUACGGGUUUUUUUUACUCACAUAUUCGCUAAAUUCAGAAUAAAGGUUUAAAAUAAAAGCUGA